AUGGCCAGGCGCGGUUCAGGAAGCAUCGUGAACACGCUUUCCAUAUACGGCAUCGUGGCGCCGGAUCAGCGGAUUUACGAAGGCUCCGAAUAUAUGGGUCGUGCAAUCAACACGCCAGCCAUCUACGCGGCAAGCAAGGCUGGCUUGUGGGGGCUGACAAAAUAUCUUGCGGCGUAUUGGGGCCACCGAGGUGUACGUGUGAAUGCCAUCACUCCGGGCGGUGUUUUCAGUGGACAGAACGACACCUUUGUAGAGAAUUAUUCCCGCCGGGCACCGCUGGGCCGCAUGGCUGAAGCUGACGAUAUGGUUCAGGCCAUGCGUUACCUGACCAGCGACGCUGCCAAAUAUGUGACGGGUCACAACCUGGUUGUUGAUGGCGGGUGGACGGCGUGGUGA